GAAGGAAGAGAAUGUCUCUCUUUUAUAGGCAAGCCAGGGCAGGAGGUGGCUCUCUGUCAGCCAAAUCUUUUCGUUCGCGUCGGCUAAAAAUUUUACUAGUCUAUCGGCCAAAUUUCUGUUUGCCCUAAACCCUAUCCCAUCAAAAGUCUCACAAUCAUCAACUCGCAUCUGCCAGCAAAAGCUCCCUGCAUGACCUGGAUUAUGCCAUUGGUAACCCAACCAACCGGAGCCUAAUGAUCCCUAAGUGGAGGAAGAAAAAAGUGCUGAGAAAACCCGUUUUCCCGCGCAGUUGUUAUCCUGUUGUGACGUGAGGCUGGGUUUGGUCUUUUUUUCUUACUCAACUCAACUUACUCCUUUCAAACUUUUACCCACUACCACUCCAUCAUCACCAUCACCACCCUUAUCGCAAUUCAUAAUGACGCCACAAUCGACACUUUCACCUUCACCGAGCUCUUCUUCCACCUCCCUCCCCGAUAUUGCCCCCAUGGACGGGAACGGGGAUGAAGAUGACGACGCUUAUACUAGCGAUACCAGCACUGACUCGCACUCUCCUGAGCGGGGGCUGGUGGAGGAGGAGAUGGAGGAGGAGGAGGAAAAAAGGGCGGACCGGGAACGCUCUCCGAGAAGUCGCAAGCCCCCGCCUCCAGCUCUUUCCCGAGUCCUUAGUGGGAACCACUUGGCUCCCCCACCCCCCUCGUCUAUAUGGCGCAACCUAUCACGUUCGCCGUCGCCGUUGGGGCUUAUUCCGAUACACAGAACUUUCUCCUCACUCGUGAGUCUUCCCCCUCGUUUUUUUCGUUCCCCUACGGGGAGGGGACCAGGAUCUCACGUGCUAAUAUGGAGACAUACGUAGAUCCACAAACAUGAAGUUCCCCGUAAACUCCUGCACGUUUCUAUUGGCUUCGUAGUCUUACACCUUUACCGAACCGGACAUCAACCAGUACAUAUCACUCCACCCUUAACUGCAGCCUUAAUCCCGAUCGCGAGUGCGGACCUACUACGCUUCUACUCGCCGUCUUUCAAUCAACUCUACAUCCGCCUUCUCGGCGCCCUCAUGCGCGAGAGUGAAGUCACAGGGUGGAACGGUGUUGUCUGGUACCUUGUCGGCACAAUAACCGUACUGAGUGUAUUUCCGAAGGACGUAGCUACACUCAGCAUCCUCCUAUUAUCGUGGUGUGACACAGCAGCUAGCACCUUCGGCCGCGCAUGGGGACGCUACACACCACGGAUCCGUCGGGGCAAGAGUCUGGCGGGAAGUCUAGCGAGCUUCGUAGUCGGCGCCAUCACCGCAGCCGCCUUCUGGGGCGUCAUAGUACCCGGAACACGCUCCUUCUGGGAUGAUCCGGUCGACGGGAAAAUGUGGGCUGGGAGACUGGGUCUGCAGGUGCUGGGGCUAGGAGACGAACAGGUUGACGGGGGAUGGGGGCUUGCACUGAUGAGCGUUGUCACGGGUGUGAUUGCAAGCGUUUCUGAGGCCAUGGAUGUCUUUGGCUUGGACGAUAACGUUGUCAUACCGGUGCUGAGCGCUGUAGGCGUUUGGGGCUUUUUGAAGGUUUUCGGGUAGAUUUAUUCUCAGUGGCGUUGGUGAUAGGCUGCGAGAGUGGAGAGCAGCAUGAAACAGAACGGUUGGAGUUGGGCACGGGAUGGAGUUGGUGGGUCUUUUUUUAUAUUUUUUACUCUUUACUCUUUUUCACUCUUCGUAUGCUAGCUCUUUUCCUAUGCCACUUUAUCACUUGGCCCUGAUCACCUCCUCGAUCCUUCUAUUCGUUCAUUUUCUUCACUUUUUUAUUUUUAUUUCCUUAUCAUGGAUAUGAGUUAGCUUACACAACUCGCACUUGUUAGCAUAAUGGUUUAUUUCACUCUUCAUUCUUCUUAAACCCCUCCUUCCUCUCUCUCUCCCUCUUUUCUUCUUCCUUUUCCCCCCUUUUCACCUCCAAUAUUGUGGUUGAUUUGCCAUACGUUUUUAUUUCAUCCUAGCAUGGUAUGAGAAGAUAAAUCCUGUAUGAAUAGUAUAUUCAUAAACUUAGACUUUCUAUUAUCGG